GCUAAUAUGAAGCAGUGGCAAAAUUUUAGGAGUAUUUCUGAAUCAGAUUCAGAAUUUUACUCAGAAUGAGUCUCUCAAAACCAAUCUGAAAAUAUUCAGAGUACAACUACAGAAAAUGUUUAUGAAAAUUUUCCGAUCAAACCUAAGAAAUUACAUGUUGAAGAGAUGACCUUGGACCAUAAGUCUAAGAUUUCAAAAAGAGUUGACAGGAUUAACCCAGAUGACUCUCCUAAAAUUGAGAAAACUAUAGCUUUCGAUAUUCCAAAUGAGAUCGAGAACAAGGACCCCCUUUGUCAGAGGGGACAAAGAGAAAGGAUCUCUCAGAGGAAACUUCUACCUAAGGUUCAUAAUUCUGGCCCAAAAUGUAACCCAUUCCAAAAGAAUUUGUAUAAUGCUGUCUAUGGACAGACAGGGAAGUACAUCGGUAAAUAAAGAUUCAAGCAAGACCAGAGGAAUCUCGAAUAAUUCCAGAAAGAAUACUCUAAACCAGUCCUGGGAUGGUCGACCAACUAUUGAUUUCAUCAAGUUUAAUAAGAUGUCUGUGAAGAAUCAAAAUCCUUAUGAUUGCCUUCAAAAAGAGACACAGCACAAGCCAAGAAGAAGUGGCAGAUUUCUUCCUAUUCUUAUUGAAGAAAAAUCCAAAAAGAGAACAAUUCCAAAGAAAGUCGGGUGCACGAUGAAACCUAUCAGGGCUUCUUUAACUAAGAGAAGCUCCAAGUCUAAACAAGCAUCUCAGAGUCCUAGAAAAGUUAUCAGAGUACGGAAGGAUGUCUCUUGUAAGAGCUUUAACUCCACUAAACUCAAUGACCGACUAUUUGAUAUUUCCAUGAACAGGGCUAAAAGUCAGUCUUUACUGAAAAGACUGAAUAAGAGCACAAGAGUUAAACGACUAGACCGGUCAAGAUCUAGCGCUCAAAAGUCUAACCCAAGGUCAGAGAAAAGUUAUGCCAAAUUGAGAGGGAAAAUAAGCGGACUUGUUGAAACUUUAAAAUAAAUCUAAGGCUCAAAUCCUCCAGCUGCGAGAGACAAUCCAUAUUCUUCAGAAAGACAAAGCAGAUUUGGUAAAUAAGCUUGAGUAUUUGCAAGCCCAGAAGGAUGACCUUAUCUCCCUUGGCAACCUUUCUAACUCAGACUUGAGGGAUAAAAUAGAGUCGGUGGUCUACGAAGAAAGAAAUUUUGGAUUGUUUAAUAAUUCUCAUGAUAAGUUUGAGAAAUUGGCUGAAAGACUUGAGAAAUUACGAAAAAGUCAAGCAUUUCAGAAAUUCCUGAAGAUCAAUGAACUUGAUCCUUCUAUGUUCUUUGGCACCCAAGUAGGAAUCCAGGUUACUGAAUCAACUCCAGACCUACUAGGAAGAAGGAGUGACAGGUCUUGGAACAACUUAGAGAGGAUAGGGUAUAUUCAGCACUCGAAGUCAAUGGAAAGAUUUCCUAGUUUUAGAAAAGAUGAUCUUAAUCUAUCUCAGGAAGAAUAUUUCAACUACUGAUACAUCCUUGCAAGGAGGCUUGAAAAGGAAGAGUACGAACGGCUACAGACUGAAGAGCAGUUUCAGAACAUUAUUGAGAAGCUUAUCAGACAGAAUACAUCGAUUGAAGAACGUGAGAGAAGUAUGAGAGGCAAAUUGAAAGAGGUAAUCGACUCAUUUGAUAGCUAA